UAAACGCAUGCAUCUCCUUGCCUUUGUGCAACUAAAAUUGUUGCACAUUUACUUCAUUUCCUCAAUGCGCGCUGUAUAAGGGUCAAUUGUUUUUGUGAUUUCAGCUCGAUUCCUUCCUCCUCUUUUUAAUUCAGGGUUAAAGAAGAAUGUCCUUUUGGUACAUGAAUGAAGUGAAUGAAGAAUAAUUCGUGAGAUCAUGCUUGUGUUUCCGGCCUGCGCAGGAAUGUUUACAUGCAUGGAAACAUUGAAUGCCUUGCACAUGUGACAAGAGGGAUCAUCUCUUGGCACGGAGCAAUGGUUGGUAUACCUCACUACUUUAUCGGUGCAACUCGAACUUCAGCUACUUAUUGACGCCACCCUUGAAAACUGAAUGGCCAUUCUCAUCCAUCAACACCCAGCAUUUGGAGAAAACGUAUGAAUGUACGAAAAGCAAAACAUUUGAUACACGCGAUACACCUUCACACCUCAAUCUUAGCAAAGCGCUUGAAAAUAAAGGUCGACAGUAUGCUAUGCUAUUCGCUAGAUCACCAGGGUAUCAAAUAGGCCAGUAUUUAUCAUUACCGCUUGCCCUCAAUGAAGCAUUGCAGCAGCAGCUCCGGAACAAAGGAAUGGUUCGUGGUACAGUCUCUUCGCAAUACAGAGACAUUUUAUUUGCUCUUCUCCUCCAUAGGGCCAUUCAAAAGCAACGAGGCUCAAUAAAUAAUCAACAACUACAAGAUUAUGUACUUGUUUUGAUAAGUGCGCCUUAUUGA